UUAGUAGGCGAAACUUGUGCGACAGCUCACAGUCAUUUCAUUGCAGUUUUCACUGGGUUGUGUUGUAGUGUAGAAGUCAUAUACCUGCAAGAAAAUGGCUUUGGAAAUGUAUUUGGAUCUCUUUUCGCAGCCCUGUCGCUCUGUUUACAUCUUUGCCAAGAAAAACAACAUCCCGUUCGACUACAAGAAGAUUUCGCUUUUUGAAGGUUAUCAAUAUAGUGAAGAGUUUGGGAAAAUCAACCUGCUAAGAAAAGCACCAGCAAUCAAAGAUGGAGAUUUUUGCUUGGCUGAAAGUGUUGCGAUUAUGAUGUACCUGGCUGAGAAGUUCCACACUGCAGAUCAUUGGUACCCAGCUGACUUGCAGAAGCGUGCUAGAGUAAAUGAAUAUCUAUCAUGGCAACACUCUGCUAUACGGAUACAUGGAUCCAAAAUGCUCUGGUUCAAGCUCUUGAUUCCAAAAGCUCUAGGGACUGAGGUCCCUAAGGAAAAGAUGGACAAUGCAGUAGAGGAUUUUAAUACAUCACUGAACCUUUUUGAGGAGAAGUUUCUGCAAGACAAAGCGUUCAUUGUUGGUGAUCAGAUUUCAUUGGCCGACCUGGUUGCUAUUGUGGAAAUCAUGCAGCCUGUAGGUGCUGGUAUGGAUGUGUUUGAGGACCGACCCAAGCUCAAGGCAUGGAAGGACCGAGUCAGAGCAGAAAUUGGGGCUGAGCUUUUUGAUGAGGCCCACCAGGGAAUCCUCCAUUGCCAGGAGGCAGUGAAAACCAUGGACCCCAAAGUGUUGGAGCACUUUAAACCCAAAAUUUUGAGAUAUUUCCUCUCAUAAACAAACUGGUAGACGUUGUUGGUUAAAACAGCCAGUUAUUCAUGAAAAACUUUUACAUUUUGUGUAAUCACUAAGAAUUAAAUCAAUUAGCUUAAAUUGUAUGUGACAUUUAGUCUUUGUCAUAUUUCAUUGAAUGAAUGCAAUAAUCAUCAAUGUUUCUAUGUACAUGACCUCAUAAAAAGAAGCAAACUGUGAAAUAGCAUGUUUCCAGCUGUGUUCGCUCUCGAAUUGUGAAUUGCUGCACUCACUGUGACCUUAUUGUGUAAAAAGCUAGUGCAAUAACACAGAGACACUCAAUACAGCAUUGUUUCAAAAAAUCACUUAACACCCAUGGGAAGGAGCUGGGAGGAAUGUUUCCUCCCUCUGUGUUUAUGAAAUGUAAUCAGAUAUUAUAUGGUUUCCUGGAGAAUACUCUGCACGAUAGGGAAUGCUACAUGAUACAUACAGUCAGCCUUUUUAAUUAAAUCUCUGUAAUACUGUCAAAAAAAUGUAUCUUUUGUUAUCAGUCUGGGUGUAUUUACCCUCUUCUCUACAAGAGUUACACUACCAGUAAAAAGUUUUUGAACAGUA